GAAGCAUUUCCCAUUCAUUCAGCAGCAGCAGCAGUGGAAGCAGCAGCAGGAGCAGCAGAAGACAGCAGCAGCCUUAGCAAACUUUAGUAGCAGAGCAGCAUUGGCAACAACAGCACCAAGAGUAUAACAGCAAGAGGAAUAGCAGGAUUCACAUCAGCAAGACAACAGCGGCAGUGUCAAGGAAGAUUUUGCUUGGACAAGGAUGUGGGGCCAGGCACAGCACAGAGGGGCGCUGCUGCUGCUCCUCCUGCCCUCCCUGUUGGGGCUGGGCUCUGGAGACGUGGAGGACUUGGCCAUGGAGGGCAACGUCCCAGAGUGGCUUCAGGAGCUCAUCCUCAAAAUGGACCAGCGACUGCAGCAUCAGGAGCGUGAGCUGCCGAAGCUGAGCGCCGUCGUGCGGCGCCUCGAGGCGCGCCUGGAGGACGCGGAGAGGCGCGGCAAGCGAGCCAGCGCCGAGCUGAGCGAACUCGACGGCGGCCUCGCCAACGUCACGUCGCUGUCCACCAGGCACGAGCGCGAGAUCGGACGUCUCGUGGGCUGCGUGCGAGGACGCCGCUUGGCCGGCCGCUGCUACCUCCUCUUCCGCGAGUACCGCUCGCACCCGGAGGCCCUCGCCGCGUGCCGCGCCGGCGGCGGGCAGCUCGCCUCCGCCCGCGACUCCGGCACCAACGAGGCGCUGGCUCGCUACGCGCAGACGGCCGUCGCCGGCAACUGGCUGGUGUGGAUCGGCGUGACGGACGAGCGCCUCGAGGGCGUCUACCUGCACGUGGCCGACGGGACGCGCGCCGUCUACGCUCCCUGGCACCGCGGCCCGCCGGCGCUGCAGCCCAACGGCGGUCGCGCCGAGAACUGCGUGGGAUUCACCAUCGGCGACGGCGCCUGGUGGGACAGUUCGUGCGACGGGCGCCACCUGUUCAUGUGCAUGUACGACGUGUGAUGCGCGGGCGCGCGCGGAUCGGGAAUUGUUGGGUGGGAGUUAGGGGAGGGGGGUCCGGUGUGGCAGGUGUAGGUCGAGGUGGAGGUAGUCCAAUAAUACCAGGGGCGAGGUGCAACUCAAUUGAGGCUUUCCCGAUGAUACGACGUCUUCUGCUACGACUUCAUCGUUAGCGGCAGCAGCAUGGGCAACAUCGUCAUUGUCAUGCUGAUGAUCAACAUCGUCGUGAUGACGGUCACGAUCACAAUCACCCACGUGCGUUGCCUCCAUUCUGCCACUUCUCACGCAGUCUUAAGAGCAGCAAAAGGGGCGCCCCGCCUAAAUCUAGCGGCGAAAUUCCACAAAAAUGUCACAGGAUGGAGAUUACGAGCACACCAGCAGAAACUUUCCACCUCCACUCGGCUCCUUCCGAACUCCGCUCUUACCCUAACCCACUUCGGUCCCCUCCCCCUUCCACAUUAAUAUCAGAAUAAGCUCUUUUUGAUGUGAAAUCGCCUUGGCCCCCCCACCCCCCUCCGCCGUGAAUUGCCGAAUUGGGAAGAGCUUCCGAUUAGUCGAUAGCCAAUUCCACCAAAAAGGUGGCAGAGUUGGUGGAUAAAGUAGCUAACGUAAAUCAGGCCCCGAGAUCUUGAAACUAUCACGAAAAAUUGUUCAACAUUGCCCCCAAUUUUGUGUCGGCUGAUAUGCAUUUGCUCCAAUCUCUCGCACGUUGCCUGUGGACUGCAGAAUUAUGGCACACAUUUUAUGAAAUAUGCAGAUGUAGUGUUAACCUCAUUUAGUCUGCUCUAGUUGAAUCUGUACUCUCAUCCAGUAUAAAUCCCACAGUAAAGUGGGGUUUCUUUCUUGGCUUGGCCUGUAGAUUGUCUUUCCGACUCUACACCUUUACUUAUAUCUUAUUUUACACGACCUAUAUCGCAAUAACAUGUUACUUUUGCAAAUAAACCGAUCUAGAGUCGGUCAUAACGUAGGCCGAUUAGUGAUUAGUACAUCAUAGGAUUUGAGCUCGUAACUGAGUAUAGGAUUUUUAGAUAUGUACAAAUAUAUAACACUGAUAUCGUGAUGUUUGUGACGUUUUUAUUCCAAUGCUUUCCAAAAGUGAUGUUUUUUUACUUCAACAUGUUUCCUUGGACACGCAUUACACCUUUAUAAAUGGUAACAGUACAAAUUAAGACGUUACGUUCAAGGUCACCGAGUAUCCCAUCCGCAUAUACGCCUCCCCACUGUCCAUUCAUUCCAUUUGUAAUAAACUGUGUUGGCUUCAGACUGAA